AUGUUGGAACCUCAACCCCGAAAAGUUUGGGCUAUUGCUCACACUGGCGCUUUAAAUAAUCUAAAGUACGAAGACGAUUUGCUGCCUCCUCCACCUUCAGAUAAUGUUCGCGUAAAAGUACAUUGCAUUGGAUUGAAUUUUGCGGAUAUUUUCGCGAUUUUGGGUGUUUAUUCAGCCACCCCUAAAGAAAAAUUUAUUCCGGGUUUAGAAUUUUCCGGCGUAGUUGAGGCGGUUGGAGAGAAUGUCGACGAAAAAGAAUGGCUAGGAAAGAGAGUUUAUGGUGUUACAAGAUUUGGAGGGUUUGCAACAUUUAUCAAUACAAGAAUCGUGUAUAUUAAGGAAACGCCCGAAAGAUGGACCGAUCAACAGGCUUGUGCUUUCUUGGCCCAAGGGAUGACAGCGUUUUAUGCGCUCAAAGAACUUGGUGCACUCAAACCCAAACAGACAGUAUUAGUUCAUUCGGCUGCUGGAGGAGUAGGACUUUUAGCACUCGCCAUUCUCGCGAAAUUUCAAGCGAAAGCAAUUGGAACUGUUGGUGACAGUUCUAAAAUCGAUGUAUUAAAUGCUAAAUAUGGGGAUGAUCCAAAUUUUUCUUUUAUUCUACGCGAUCCUGCUCGAGAUUUUGAGGCGCGUGCAAAAAAUGAACUACGAAAAAUGGGUGAAGAAGGAUUUGAUAUAGUGUUGGAUAGUGUUAUGGGGGAUUGGUUUUGGCCGAAUUAUAGAUUAACGAAAAGUGCAGGUCGAUUAAUAGUAUUUGGCUCAGCGAGUUUGACGCCAGCUGGUAAUCUGCAUCCUAUAUGGAAUAUUUUUUCAUGGAUAAAGUUGGCAUGGAAAUAUUUCCAAAGACCAAAAUUCGAUCCGAUGCAGAUGAUUCAGGAUAACAAAGGAAUUCUUGGAUUUAAUUUGAUCCAUGUUUACCAUCAAGAAGAAAGGCUUAAUAGUGUCUUUGAUGAAUUAUCAUCAUUGGAAUUGGACCCACCAUUAGUAGGUCAUGAAUUCCCUUUUGAACAAGUACACGAGGCAAUCCAGUUAUUGCAAUCAGGUAAAAGCGUGGGUAAAGUUGUACUUAAUAUAGAACAUGUGUGA